AAAAAUGAUUAAUUAUCACAUCCAUAUGUGAUCUAUUCGUACAACACAGCUCCCAAAAAUAAAAAAGUUUGAAGUUCCCUUCCAAAACAAUUGAGAUUCCCUCCUUUUUACAAAUGUUAUCCCCUUUUUAUAGAUAGACAAAAAGUAAACAUCUUCCAUCAGCCUUUACUCCUUUCAGCUACCUCCAAACGUGCAGUCAUAAAUGGAUAGCUUGAGUGCAGAAGUUUAUGCUGAAAGCUGGAGUUUGGAUCUGAAUCCCCCCCCUCAAGGGUUUGCAAGUCCGCCACAUGAGGUGUGUGACUGCUUUUCUCCCCUUUAAUUUGCCGGAUGCGCCACCGCCACUGAAGGGUUAUCAUCGUGAGAAGGGUGUUUUUGUCCCCGCUAGCUUUGGGUAGUCGGCUGUGGUGACUGCUUGGAUGGGAUGUGUUAGCCGGAACUGCCACGGGUUAGGGAAUCAAUCACGGUUCAAGUGUUGGAGGUCAGUAUGGAGGUUCAUGGAACCAGACAAAAAACGGCUUUGCGGCGGUGCUACUGGAUCAGCACCGCCUGUAAUUCUUUUAGAUCUUGUGAGCGGGGUGCUUCCUUCUGAGGUGGCUAGGCAAACCUCUUCUCUCUUCCCAGUGACUGGUAAAAUCGGAAUGACAUCUUCGGAGGUGGUUGAUCAAACCUCUUCUCCCUUACUGGUGGUUGGAAAAAUCAUGAGAUUAGAUUCUAUUUGUUCUUUUCAUUUUAAUAACUCUAGUUUUAUAUCAAUUUAUUUUAGUAGCAAGUAUAGCGAUGUUGUUAGAUUAGUCUACCAUGAUGCGGGGUUAGCUAUCUUGACGGGUCCUCAGGGGCGAGUCAGUUCUAAGUUUCACCCUAGGGUAGCUCUAAGCUAUUGUUUUGCUUUGUCUCUUGUCACUUUUAUUAUUAUUAAUAAAUAAGUGUUCUUCUUUCAACAAAAAUAUAUCAAAUUAGGCAUAAUAGUAUUUUUAUGGAGUGUGUAUUAUAAAUUAGAAUAUUAUUUCAAAUAUUAGCUCCCUCCAAAAAAGAUAAGCCAAUUUGACUUUUC